CCUCCUCUCUGUAUACUCCCACUCUCUCUCCCCCCCCAUUGUUCCUCUUGUUCUAACCAAGUCCUCGCUUCCAUAUAUGACCAUGGCAAGAGGGAUUGCAGCUGCAAUUCCCACAGCCACAGCCCUUCUUCUGUGGGUUGUCCUCCAUUUGAGGACAGCCCAUGCAGCCACCUACACUGUUGGAGGCUCCAGUGGGUGGACUUUCAAUGUGGAGAGCUGGACUGAUGGGAAGAGGUUCAGAGCUGGUGAUGUGCUGGUGUUUAACUAUGACCCAAAGGAUCAUAAUGUGGUAGCGGUGGACCAAUACAGCUACGACACAUGCACGGUUGGAGAAGGGGCCAAAGUCUAUGAAUCUGGAAAUGAUAGCAUUGAGCUUGUGAAGGGAGAGAACUGCUUCAUCUGCUCUUUUCUAAGCCACUGUGACUCUGGCAUGAAGAUUCACAUGAUUGCACUCUAAUCGCCCACUGUUUUUUUUAUACUUUUUUUUGUGAGUUCCCAAAGCUUUGGUACUAGUACUAUUUGUUGGGUAGAAAUGAUCAGAAAUUUAAUUGUAUUGUAAAAGGAAAAGUUGGCCAAUGUUUUGUCUCAUUGUAUUGGGCUUUAUUUUGAUUGGAGCAUGGUUGGCCCAUGGUGGUUGGUAUGCAUAAGUGUUUGUUUCAAAGUGUUUUUAUUUCAUACAAAAUAAUAAG